UUCUCAUUUAAUUUCUUACACUUGUAAUUAAGGAAUUAGGGUUUUUUCAUAUUACUAUUCCAAUUUUUUUGUUCAGGUAUGGAUUUUAGUCAAAUGGCGUCCCUGAAGUAAAGUCUAAUGCAUCUGGCCGUCGGCCUGUGGCGGCAACAGUCCUUCUCGCCAUCCGAGUUGGCAGAGGAAUAUCUGGACCACCAGUAGUAGGUCAAUACAAAGUCAACGCUUGCACCCAUAAAUACAAAUCGGAAGCCCUAGAUUGUAGCGUCGAUCGACAACUACGACAACCCUAAAACACAUCUAUGACAUCGCAAAGGUGAAGCAAUCAGAUCUGUAGUCCAAUUUCUUCCACAUCAAUCCUCACAUUAACUGAUGAAAUGGCGUCAAGAUCGUACGACAAAGUCGCUGAUAUUUGCGAUCAAAUUAUGCUUCAGAUUGCUUCACAAGGUCUUGCUUUUCAAGACGAAUGGUCGUUUGCUGUUCAUCUUCUAGGGCAUAUUUACCUUAAUGAUCUCCAAUUGGUAGCUGCAGGAGGAAAUGAUAUGAAACAGUGUUUGGAUAAGGAGACCCCCAUGGUACUCUGUCUACAUGGACAGCUGAUGACCAAGACUGCUGCAAUUGGAGUGGAGUCAUGUGCAACAAACAAUCAGGUCAUGUCACAGGGCUUGAUAUGUAUUUCUAUGGCCUUGGAGAUGGGUAGGAGAAUGAAUGUUGAAAAUGAGCUACUAUGUCGGUUUGUUUUACGAAGUGAGAGUAAUAAUGACAGUUUAUCAGAAUCCAAGAGACAGAAGAGAGAGAAUGAAGGGAUUUCAACCAAGACAAACUGUGAGCCUCGUGUAGUUGUUCACACAACAAGUGCUAUAGACAUGCUUCUGAGUCUAUUCUAGCUGUUCGGAAGUGGCUUGGGAGUAGGCAGAUACGAUGUAAUUGGGCUACAAAAGGUGUUGGUGUUAGUGAUGAAAGACAAGGUUCAGAUUCAAAAAGUGUUGUAGAGCUAACAAAUGGAUCUUCGGGUAUGCAAUACUAUAAAAAAAUUUCAUUUUUUGAUAUAUAUUUUUUGUUUUGUUUUGCAGAGCAUACUAAAGAGCAAAGUGAUAGUGAUGCCUCUGAGAAUAAUCCACAGUACACAACCGUUUAUGUUGGCAACCUUGGCCCUGAAGUAAGACCUCUUAAUACUAAAAUUUAUUUGUAUGAGACAAGUCAUGAGCAAUUAAGAGCUGAAAGUUGUAAUAAACUCAAAGUAAAAUCUUACUAUUAUGAAACUCUUUUGCUUAAACCUACCGUAUUGACCUGUAGCUGAUUACACAAUAAUUUAAUUAUGCAGGUUUUGAAGUUUUUAAUGGAAAAGAACAGUGUUAAUGCUCUUCAUAGUAAAGUAUGUUGGUAUUUUAGGAAAUUUGGCUAAUAAUUUAGUUAAUUAUAUAAAAAAUGUUGAA